ACUGUGUUGGUGGUCGGUGGUCGUAGUCCCGGUGGUCGUAGUUACCGUGGUUUUCGCAUUGCUUGGGUCGUGGCAAGUUUGGGGGACUUCACGGGGCUUUCACUCGAGGUGGUGAAACAAGUGUCGAAUUUGUGCAAUCAUGAGCGGCAUGGCGAACGGUCAAACUGAGCCGUGCACUUUAGGUACUGCUGCAUCCUCGUCGUUGUUCGCCGUUUCCGGGUGGGCAUACGCGGGUGUCAACCACAGCUUGGCAGGCAACGGCGGGCCCGAGUGCGCCCAAUUCGUAUCCAUCCGGAGGCGCCUCUGGGAAACGCUGCUGGCUGUGCUCUGGGCUACGGCACUAGCGCUGUGGAGCUGGCGGCGUCUGCAGAUCCUAGCCAUAGACAGCUUCGAUGUAAAAUGUCUGUUCUUACCCUUGUGCCUGGGACCUCUUUGGGUCCCACGUGUGACAAGGGUGCACACGGGAGAGCACGGAGCCAAAAAAACAGUCAGGUGCCUCCAGCGCCAAAAGUUGUGCGCGAAGAUCGUGGGGGCAAGCGGUGUCUGCUGGUGCUGCUCUGUUUGGUGUUUGGCAUGGAACUUGGCUUCAAGUUUGCUUCACGCACCGUCAUCUACAUUCUCAACCCCUGCCACAUCAUCACCAUGCUACAGAUAGUAAUGCUGGCGGCACCUCCCACGUCUUGCCUGCUGACGGUGCUGUUUCGAGUGCACAUCCAUUGGCUGAAUGGUCCCCUGCUGGCACUUCUGUUUCCGGUGCUGAACACGCGGCUGCUUCCGCUGGAACAAGAGGUGUACUGGGUGCAGCAUGGACUGAUGCUGGCCGUGCCCUGCUACCUCAUGCGGCUUGGCGGCGUGUUUAGCACCGAGCCCCUGACCGACCUCAGCUGGGGGCUGCUCAGCCUGGCGCUGCAGUACCUCUACCACUUCCUUGUCCUGCAAGCGCUGGCACUGGUGACUGAAGUGAACCUGAACAGCAUGCUGUGUCCGGCGGUGUCCGACCCAUUUUAUGGCCCCCAUUACCGGCUGUGGGCACUGGCCCACCAGUUCUUGCUGGUGCUGGUGGCAGGCAAGCUGUACACAACUGUGUGUGCGUGGCUGCUGCGUGUCACCAGGCUGCGCAUCUGCUGCAGCACAGGACAGGACCACGAGCAUUCCUCUUAGAGGGACUACCUCGGGGGCAAUUCUAGAGGUGCGUGCUACCCAGGCCUGCUGCUGUGGCUGCUCCGAGGCCAGCACCAACAGUGCUCAGUUGCUAAGAACCAUGGGAGAGGCAGCUGAGAAAAGGCGCUGCAUUACCUAGCAGCUCUCACGCUCCAGUGCUGAUAGCUGCCUAGCUUAGAAGUUGGCCAUGUAGUUUAAGCCUAAGUAGUGUUGCCAUGGGUGAACUAGCAGUUGUCACAUCUAAGACAAAUAUUGCCCUAUGAAACCCAGCCUUGUGCAAAAUAGCACCUGUAUGCUCAAUAGGCAAAGUUGGCAGCUACACUGCAAUGUUUUUAAAUAGAUAUGAGAACACAACAAGUAUGGAAAGCUAAAAUGAAAGUGAUUCCAAUGGUGCUAAUGGGGCCAGUAUAACCAGAGCUGCUGUGGAUGUUCUGCAUCCACAUUGUUUUGAUGAGCAGUGCAGGUGAUUGUGGUGAGUAGCCAUGCUGCAUCAAUGUAAUUUUGUGUGCCAUUCCCUUGUGUGUGUACAUUGUCAGAAGAUAAUAAUUUCUUGUGUUAGCGACAGGUGGCUAAGCGUUAUGGUGAUAUCUUAAGCAUAGAGUUAUGAAAAGUGAACAUUUUUAUCGUUAACAUAUACCUGUUUUAUAAGUUCACAUAAGGAGUUCUCUAGUCAAUAAAGGUGUUAUAUAAAUUGAAAUCA